ACAGAAGUGUCUUUCUUUGGCAGAUUGGGGGCGACGAAGAAGGCUUGAAAAACAGCAAGGAAGAGCAAGAGCAUCCUUUUAAACCAUCCUCCAUUGUAAAAGCGUCUCAAUCUUUAUGCUUUUUUUUGGAUUUCACUUACAAAGAUAUCCAGCUAAAAUGGGCAUCACACAGCUGGCAGUCAUAAGCACCCUUUUGUGCUCAGUUUGGUCAUCAACUAUUAAAGCUAAAGAUGAACAUCGCGUUGCUUUCUUUGGAGAGGACGUGCAUAUUUCUUUGUCGGCUUUAGACACAGCAGUGGUAGUGUUCAAACCAAGAACACAGCCGGUGCUGGAGAAGGUUUACCUGCAGAAUGGUGUAAUUCAGGACACAAGAGUCAAACUGAACAAACACGUCAACCACCUGAUCCUGGAGGAUGUGGGCGAGGAGGAUGAGGGCACUUACAUGGUGAAGAACUCUGCAGCUCCAGCUGAUGUCAAACGAAUCGCGCUUAUUGUCAGAGACUGCGCACUAGAGACUGUGGUGAAAUUCGGGGAGACAUAUCACCUCCCGAUCAGCCCUACGAUCGGUCCCUACACCCUUCAGUUCAGGCCUGGAGUUCAGACUGCACUUGAGCAGACCACAGAAGAGCCCCCUGUGCUUCUCAUCAACCAGACGGGUGUCAAAUCAGAGGGAUACGAGAACCGGCUCACCCUGGGGGAGAAGAGGGUCAGCCUGCAUGAAGUCACAGGAGCUGAUGAGGGCAGCUACACCAUCGUGGACAUAGAUGGAAAAGUCAGAAUGAGGGCCUGCCUUAAUGUGAAAGAGCACCUGAUCUUUCAGAACUUGAAUUACGGUGAAACGUUGAAGAUCAAGCUUCAUCUAGACCACACCAAGGUCAAAAUGGUCUACAUCCCAGACUCUGACCACAAAGAGCGGCUGAUCCUGGACCAGGGGGGGAUGCCGGUGCCGCUAGACCCCUCUGUGGAGGGUCGGGUGUCUGUGGAGGGCUCAAUGUUCUACUUGAAGAAGGUCAAAGUCAGCGACAAUGGUGUCUUUCGAGUGAUGGACUUUUCAGGCUUUCGCAUAACUGACGUCUACCUUCAUGCGGAGCCCUAUAAGCUUCCCCAGCUGUAUGCGGCGAUCCUCUCCUUGCUGGCUCUGCUGGCAUUUCUGCUGCUGGUGUGUUUGCUGUCUUGCUUGAUCAAGGUUCACCGCCGGGCGGAGAGAGCACGUAAGAUCACCCUAAUCGCUCAGCAGGCUGGAAAAAGCGACGGAGACGCAUUCAGACAGGUGGUUCAUGAAGCUUAUACUCGAUUUGCGGAGGAGUCUACUGUGCAAUCCACAUGGGAAAACAACACAGAGAGCACUGAAGUUGAAAUCAAAGGCCUUGAGGUGUCGAAGCCAGGUCAGUACCAUGCCCUCCAAUCUGACAAAACCUUCCUGGAUAUGAACGACUCGGGUGUGGAGUUCAACUCGUCUGCGCUCCCUCUGGACAGCGACACUGAUGUACCCGACAAUUUCACCUCUCACAAGCUCCUCAUCGAGUCUGACACUCUCGCUGGUGGCCCGCCGGUCAUUUCUGAGGGCGACCACAGCUCCACUCGCACCCCUGAUUCUAUCCUGAGCGCCAGCCCUGCCACCCAGCCCAAAUCUGGGGCUCAAACGGAGGUCGACUUGAUUGGCGCAACCACACCUGAGGGAUUGAAGGAUCUGGAUGCAAACACGAGCAAAGAUGCUUCGCCACAUUCCGAGAAAGUCGUGGAUCCCAGUAACGGAACCACAACCUGAGAAGUGAAAAAUGAAAUCACACUUCGUUUAUAUCAAUGCAGCCGCUGUUCAUUUGCAACAUCUCACCGUUUGCAUUUGCAAAAAUGACACUUCAUCACUUGCUUGAACUCAUCUGAUGCUAAACUAAUGGGUUGUUGAUUAAGAAUAAACACUGAUCCAGAAGAUAUGCAAAAGAAGAAAACAACACUCACAAAAAAAGGAAAAAAAAAAACAGAAGAACAAAAUCGGUCCUGCACUAUGCAUGCCUUUGAAUUACCGAUGAGUUCUUGAUUAGUUUAAAAGCUGACUGCUAGUUUAGAGUGACCAUAGAGUGCAUGUUAAGACACACAAACACACACAGACUUGACUUACUUUUUAAAAACUUUUACGAACUCCAUCCAAGUGAAUCUGAAGUGGAUUGUACCAUAAAUGGGUGUAUACCUUGCAUAUUUUUUCAAACAGUUGAUCUACCAAAUGCCAAAUGAACAUUUCGAGAAUUUCUCCAUCACUUAUCAUCAACCUGGAUUCAUUUCAAGAUCACUUCGAAUGCAUCCCUCUUUCCUUUUUGACCGUCUGCAGCCACCGGCAGCUUUUGAAGGGCUGUCGUGAUAAUCCCUGCCAAUGGUUAACUAAACACCUUGAUGAAUCAGGACCGCAUGGAUGACAGGUAUCUGAUACGCUGGCUUUACACUGUAAAUAGGAUCAGCUGUGGCUGAGGGUUUUUUUGGCUGUGAGGAACUCCGGCUGAAGGAAACGGCUUGUCUCAGCAGUUUCAGAUGCUGACUCCGCUCGGGUCUCCUCACAACUCGGGCCUUUCCGGUGAUCUCUUUCCUUCUUAUCUUUUAUUCUUACUCUUUUGAACCUAUUUUAGGAGCUUGGAGCUUUGUAAGACUUGCUGAAUUUUGCAUAUUGAGAAACCCGAUGAAUGAUUCGCAAUAAGAAGCAGAUUAGUGAAAUGAGAGGAGGGAACUAAGGACAGGAAGACUAUAUUUUGUAAUAUGGAUGCAUUAUGUAGGUUUGAAUCAUUUCUGGCAGUAAGCUUGAAUCUGCAUUAAACACAUCCAGGUUCAGAUUACACAAUAAUAGCUGAGUUUGGAACAAUUCGUUUCAUGUAGGGUGUUAUGGAAAAUUGAAAAUGACUGUGGUUGUCAUGAUGCAAGAAAUUAUUGUCCUAUCUCAUCUGGACAGUCUGGAAUGUGCACAAUUAUCAUUGCAGAUCUCCUUAUUCAAUUAGAUUUGCAAUUGCAAUCUCUUGUUUUGAUUAGAUUUAAGAUAGCUCUGCCUUUUUCGAUAAUGUCAGGCACAUCAUUAAAUAACAAACAAUGAGGCAGCUUGCAAGUUUCUUGUUCAUAACUACAAAUUAGGCACCAAAAUCAGAUCAUCUGACAGUGACAAACUGGCAUAAAUAUUGUGUAGUGCUAACCCAGCUAAACUGCUUUCCAAACAUGACUGUUUUGC